AUGGCCAUCGACAAUGAUACCAGAGGCUGGAUUAUGACAUGCAUCAGCGGCAUUGCAUGUGUUAUUGGCUCGUCGAUCAUCUGCAUCGAUAUAGUAGCACGCCAGUUUCCAGUUUGGCGACACUUUUCGAUAUCCGAGAGUGAUGGGUUUCUCUCUGCGUCACUAAGCCUCAGCUUCGGGGUCAUGUUGUUCUCCGCCCUGUACUCGAUGCUUCCUCAGUCGAAGACGUAUUUCAAAGACGCGGGCUAUUCGGCACGGGCAGCAUCAUACCUCCUGAUUGGGUUGUUUUUGGCUGGUGUCAUAGGCAUUCAGAUCUUCUCCCGCGCUCUGCAUCAUUUUAUCCCAUCACACGUUGUGGACUGCGAUCAUAGUCACGACGAGGAGGAGGCCAAGAAUCCCGAAGAAAUGUCAGAACAUGCGCAGGACGAUGAACAUACCAACGGCCUCCCGAUAUCCAGAACCCACUCCAGGCCGACGGAAGAGGAGGAUGAGGAUACACCUUUGCUCUCACGAACCACAAGCGUUAGCCCCAAAAAGCCGCAGCAUGAAAGGACAGAGGAGGAGGGAUCAGCUCGCCAGCCUACAUAUCACACUGCACAGACCCAUCGAAGGUCGUCGGCCAUGUCUAGAACACUCUCGAGGACACUUUCGAAAUACGUCGGGGGUCAGAAGGACAAUUGCGACGAGAACGGCCCGUGCAUGGGCUUUUCGGACCCAUGCGGCCAGGACUGCUUCAAGGCUGUACACAGACGAGGCUCUGUGUUACCAGGACACGGCCCUUUCUUACGCUCACCCACGUGGCGCAGCGGCACGACUGAAGCACGCGGCGGGUCGACGCUGGGAGAAAUCGAAGAGAAUCCAUUGUCAAAUGGGUCGACUCUAAGGCGUCAUCCGAGUGAGGACGCCGAUACGGGGAGCUUGAAACCGGAGUUGCACCGCACAAGGUCGUCAACACACCACUUCCACCACCCUCCCCACCAACAUGCAAGCGUAGAAGGGUCCGAACGUCGGCUGUCAGAGCAUUCCCACGCUGGUGGUCACGAACAUCACCAUCAUGUUCCCACUAAUGCAUUCAUGUCAAUUGGUCUGCAGACUUCGUUAGCCAUCGCAUUGCACAAGGCACCAGAAGGCUUCAUUACGUACGCCACCAAUCACGCCAAUCCUCAGCUUGGAUUUGCCGUUUUCAUGGCAUUGUUCAUCCACAACAUCACGGAAGGCUUCGCCAUGUCCCUGCCUCUGUACCUCGCUCUUGGCUCCAGAUUCAAAGCCAUAGCGUGGUCGUCCUUCUUGGGUGGUAUUUCACAACCACUCGGAGCUGCCGUUGCAGCAUUGUGGUUCAAGCUCGCCAACAAGAGCAGCUUGGGUGCUCCUACUGAAGGGGUAUAUGGUGGCAUGUUUGCCGUCACGUCGGGCGUCAUGACCAGCGUCGCGUUGUCACUGUUCUCGGAAAGCCUGCAGCUCAGUCACAACAAGAACAUCUGCAUUGCCUUUGCUUUUUUGGGUAUGGGUAUUUUGGGCUUGAGCUUUGCGCUUACGGCGAAAUAG